AUUUGCGGGACAAACACCACUCAUAAUAGUGAAAAACGCACAAACUCUAUUUCGGACCUUAUACUUCAAAAGCAUGGCUCAUUCCCUCCCUCGAUUUCAGAUUGAAAAAACGUGGCUCACCGCUAUGUCCUUCUCACCGGCCAUCGUCUCCCUCUCUCCGACCUUCUCACCGGCUGUCGUCUCCCUCUAUCCCACCUUCUCACCGUGGUGCGAUUAGGUUUGUGCGUUUUUGAUGGUCAACAUUGGAUUGCUGUAUGGUGUUUUAAAGAACUUGUUGGUGUGAUGUUUCUUGCAAGGAAUUUUGUUGAAUGUAGGAAACAUGUGAGCAUUAAGAACAGGCUUGGAGCUGGAAAGAAUAUGAGUUUGCAUUGCCAGUCGAAGGACAAUGAUUUGGGACACCAAAACAUAGCAAAUGGAGAUGAGUUUGGAUGGGACUUCUCAGACAAUAUUUUCGGAACAACACUGUUUUUCUGUGAUGUGGGUUGGGAAAAGGUUGAGGAAUAUCAUUUUAAUGCUUAUUCCUUCGGCAGGGACAGAGUACGAUGUGAUGGUGUCGGAUGUUCAUGGCUCCUAUCGGCUGAAGGCAUUUAUGGCUUCAAUGUACAAACCGCCUUCUGGGAAUUCAUGUACCAAUGGCCAAAUUAAUCACAUCUACUUUAUCACAAUAAUAUAAUAAACAACUAUUUCCUUCUUCUCACUUCUCAUCACCUUUUUCUUAUUAUCUACUGAUAAUACUAAAACUAACUUUACAUCUGGUGCUCAUCAAAUCCAU